UCCAACAAAAUACGCAUACAAAAACAAGCGAAUUGAAAUUUCGUUCCAGCGACAAUGAGUGUCUUUAUCAGUGGAAAAUUAGUUAUACAGAUUAGUGAUGAAUUAAGAGCUGACAAUCAAUUUUUUCGUAAAAAUAUCAAUGAAAAAAUGCCUAGCAAUGAUGUUGCAUAUGUUGAGGAAAUCAGCACCAAAAUGACAGCGCAACCAUUACAGAUCGUAACGACUGGCGAAAAUCACACAUUUGUCUUAGACGAAGACACACUUACCGAUGUAUUACUGCAGAAUAACCUUAAAGAUCGCUUUGUGGUUGUGGUUUCAGUAGCUGGUGCGUUUAGGAAGGGCAAAAGUUUUUUACUGGAUUUCUUUUUGAGAUACAUGUAUUCAAAGUAUGAUCAUAAAAAUGUCGGAACGAAAGUAAACGAUUGGUUGGGCGAUGAAAAUGAACCACUGUCUGGGUUUUCGUGGCGAGGUGGAUCGGAACGUGACACAACCGGUAUAUUGAUGUGGUCGGACAUCUUUUUGCAUGACUAUGCGAAUGGUGAAAAAGUGGCUAUCAUCUUGCUGGACACACAGGGAACAUUUGAUAGUCAAAGUACAGUUCGAGAUUGUGCCACCGUUUUUGCAUUGAGUACAAUGUUGUCGUCGGUGCAAAUCUACAAUCUAUCGCAAAAUAUACAAGAAGAUGAUCUUCAACAUCUGCAGCUAUUCACCGAGUACGGACGAUUGGCGUUGGCCGAUUCGGGAAAGAAACCGUUUCAGCGAUUACAGUUUUUGGUACGCGACUGGAGUUUUCCGUAUGAAGCCGAGUACGGUGCAGCCGGCGGUCAGACAAUUCUUCAACGACGAUUGGAACUAUCCGACAAACAACAUCCCGAAUUGCAAUCGUUGCGAAAGCACAUAUCGUCCUGCUUCUCGGAAAUAGCCUGUUUUCUAAUGCCACAUCCAGGACUGACGGUAGCUACCAAUCCGAAUUUCGACGGUCGAUUGGCUGAUAUUACGCCGGAAUUCAAGCAACACUUACGAUCAUUGGUGAUCAUGCUACUCUCGCCGGAAAAUUUAAUUGUGAAACAAAUCAAUGGACAAAAGGUGCGGGCACGUGAUCUUAUUCAAUAUUUUAAAUCGUACAUGGCAAUAUAUAAGGGCAAUGAACUACCGGAACCGAAAAGUAUGUUAGUGGCUACAGCCGAAGCAAAUAAUUUAACAGCAGUGGCCGCUGCUAAGGAACUAUACACACAAUUAAUGGAAGAUGUAUGUGGUGGCACAAAGCCGUAUUUAAAUACAGGACAUCUUGAAGCUGAACAUCUUCGAAUCAAAGAUAAAUCUUUACAUCAAUUUCAAGCUAAACGGAAAAUGGGCGGAGAGGAAUUUUCUCAGAAAUAUUUGGAACAGUUGGAGAUCGAUUUAGAGGAGAAUUACAAUAGUUUUAAAGCAUAUAAUGAGAGUAAAAAUAUAUUUAAGUCUGCUCGAACGCCAGCAGUAUUCUUUGCAAUAGCCGUAGUGAUGUACAUAUCCAGUGGUCUCUUUGGUCUCUUUGGUUUAUACACGUUUGCCAAUUUUUGCAAUUUGGUUAUGGGCAUCGCGUUGCUUACGCUUGUUAUGUCUGCAUAUAUCAGUUAUAGCGGUGAAAUGACACACUUUGGAGUGUAUAUAGAUGACCUAGCAACGUUUUUGUGGGAUAAUUUUACAUUAAAAUUUAUAUUCGGACGCAGAGGUAACACAGGAAUUUACAGCAAAAUUGGACGGAACAAGGUGAUGAAACCGAUCUAUGAAGGUUGUAUGGAAAAGGGCGUCCAACACGUAACAACACAGGCAACUGCACAAAUUGUGAAUGCGGCUGCAUCGUCACGAUCACAUGCCAAUGGCAAAGUGAAGUCAUCAUGAAAUUACGCCAACAAUAACAACAACAACAUUGAAUCAUCAAUUGACCAGCAGAUAAAAUCACAAGUAAAAAUAAUUCAUCCGACAAAUGUCACCGUUACCGGAUUCACAGCUAAUCCGGUGAAAGAUAAUCAACAAUUUGCCAGUAAUAAGAGGAAAUCGAAAAAGUUGAAAAAAUCUGUGCCUAAAUGAAAUUAGUUUCGAAACGUUUCUUUUUGUUUAGUUCCUUUUCUGUGGUUCUCCGAUAAAACAUAAAGCCCGUACAAACUGAGUCAUUGGUUUUCCGUGUAUAAUUCCGGCGAAGUUUUUUUUUUGUGUCGAAAAAUAGUGUUUUUUAUACCAAGGUUUCUCUGAGAAAAUCAAACGUUCUGUUUCAAAAAACAAAGAAUCAGCAAAAAUGAAUCCAAUUCUUCCAAAUUACGACGAUAAAAGCUUUCGUUCCCCCUUAAAUAUUGAUUUGUUUUCGUAAUUCCUUCUCUCUCACAUUUUUUUUUAAUUAAAUUAAAUUUUGCAUUUUAAUUUGUUCUCAAUUUUUUUUUUACAAAUUUAUUUAAUUUAGUGCUUUUGUUCAGUUGUUUUUUUUUUCUUCUUCUGCAAACUAAUCUAAUUAAAUGGGAAAAAGGAUUUUUAUUUAAAUUAUACGUAACUUAAGGCAUGUUGUUCACAUCAUUUCAAAUAAAAUUAUCAAAUCUUUUGUUUAACUUAA